AUGAUAGGGUUCAAAUACUAAAGUUAUUUGACUUACUCUUAUACAAAAUCAUAUGAUGAAAUGUGUUUGAUACUUAAUGAAGAUGGUUUUAAGGAUGUCGAAAUUAUAAAAUCAGAAAAUAUAAUCAAAUACACGAUUAAUAAUGAAAGAGUCAUUCGAUUGGACAAUUUACUAUACCUUUUUAAAAUUAAAUAUUUAAGACUCACCAUUGCAUAACUAAUUUAACUUUGUUUGGAAAUCGUAAAAAAAUACUAAAAAUUGUAAUCAAAUUCAAUAGAACAUAAUUAUUUGGAUUUGAACAGAGUUUUAUUAUCGUUGCAUACAAAAAGUGAAGGACUCUUUAUAAUACCAUCUACCUUUACUUAUGAUAUUCAUUUUACAGGAUAUGAUUGUCCAUUCUAUGAAAGAGAGAACUAUGAGGAUUAUACAAUUUAAGACUCAGAAGCAAUUAAAUCUAUAGUCAAUAAAAUAAUAGAUUACACAGAGAGUUAUUCAAUGAAAUAAGCCAGAAAUGAUCAAACAUUUCCUAGUAUUACCGAGUUAUUAAGGAUGACACUCAAUAGUUCAUUCAAUAGUUUCAUUCAUAUAAUUGAAGAACAUUUUAUUUCAUCUGCUUAUAUCAAUAAUUAAUAAUAGGCCUUAACUAACUUAGAUAAAUAAUUUAUGCAUUUGAAUUAUAAACGAAACAUGUUCAAAGGUUUUGUUUAAUCAAAUCUUGAAAUUCUGAUAAAAAGGUAUUAUUCUAUUAAUAAUUGGUAUAUAUAUGAAUAUUAUUUAUACCAAACUCUGCCAAAAAUUACAAAGGAAUUUAGAAAAUCCACCUUGUUAUUUAUAUCUUAAAGCCCAGAAAAAGAGAUUUAAUAUACGCCAUAUGAAAAUGAAUUCGACAAUUUGGAUAACGACUUUAUUGAUUAGAUAAUUACACAAUAGAUUGAAAGUUUCAAUCAAUUUAAGCUUGAUCUCAAUAAGAGUGAUAUUAGACAAACUGCCAUAGUGGCAUUAUAAUAACAAAUGAAGUUUUUAUAAUAAUAUUUUCGAAAUGAUGCCAACUUUAUGAAUGCUAACAAUAUUAAUAACAAUAUUAAACAUUUAACUCUUCUGAAAUAACGUUUAACUGAAAGAGUAGUCUAAGAAGUCUUUAGCAAUUAAUUUCAAUUACAGAAUUUGCAAUGGAUUAAUGAGAUUAUAUGA